GUAUGGUUUAUGUGUCAUCUUUCUCUCUCUCUAUAUAUACCCAAAUUCUUGUUAUCAUAAUUGUCUCUCAACCGUUCAAUUCUCUUUCUAAUAUCUCUCCAUUGCCUCAAUCUUUUUCUCCUGCAUACUUUUAGAGAAUGGGAAGCUCUGGUGGUAUUAACUAUGGUUCUUACACUUAUGAGAAUCUUGAGAGGGAACCUUACUGGCCAUCUGAGAAACUCCGUAUUUCCAUUACUGGGGCUGGAGGAUUUAUCGCUUCUCACAUUGCUCGUCGUUUGAAGAGCGAGGGCCACUACAUAAUUGCCUCCGAUUGGAAGAAGAAUGAGCACAUGACAGAGGAUAUGUUCUGUCAUGAGUUUCAUCUUGCGGAUCUUAGGGUUAUGGAUAAUUGCUUGAAGGUAACAAAAGGUGUUGACCAUGUCUUCAAUCUCGCUGCUGAUAUGGGUGGCAUGGGUUUCAUUCAGUCCAACCACUCGGUUAUCUUCUAUAACAACACUAUGAUCAGCUUCAAUAUGAUGGAAGCUGCUAGGAUUAACAGUGUCAAAAGGUUCUUCUAUGCAUCUAGUGCUUGCAUAUACCCCGAGUUCAAACAACUCGAAACAAAUGUCAGCCUGAAAGAAGCUGAUGCUUGGCCUGCAGAGCCUCAAGAUGCAUACGGCUUGGAAAAGCUUGCCACAGAAGAACUGUGCAAACAUUACAACAAGGAUUUUGGAAUUGAAUGUCGUAUUGGAAGGUUCCAUAACAUCUAUGGACCUUUUGGAACUUGGAAAGGUGGAAGGGAAAAAGCUCCUGCCGCUUUUUGUAGAAAAGCACAAACUGCAACGGAUAAGUUUGAAAUGUGGGGAGAUGGACUUCAAACACGUUCAUUCACCUUCAUUGAUGAGUGUGUUGAAGGGGUUCUUAGAUUGACAAAAUCCGACUUCCGAGAGCCAGUGAACAUAGGAAGUGAUGAGAUGGUCAGCAUGAAUGAGAUGGCUGAGAUGGUUCUCAGCUUUGAGGACAAGAAGCUUGCUGUCCAACACAUUCCAGGCCCAGAAGGCGUCCGUGGUCGCAACUCAGACAACACACUGAUAAAAGAGAAGCUUGGUUGGGCUCCAACAAUGAGAUUGAAGGAUGGUCUGAGAAUUACAUACUUCUGGAUCAAGGAGCAGAUCGAGAAAGAGAAAUCUCAAGGAGUUGAUACUGCAACCUAUGGAUCUUCCAAGGUGGUGGGCACCCAAGCUCCAGUUGAGCUAGGUUCCCUUCGUGCUGCUGAUGGCAAGGAAUAAGUUCAUUCCUUCUGUCAUCAUUUCAACUGGAAGCCAAUCCCUCUGCUAUGACAUUGCUGCAUUAUGUAUUAUGGCGUCGUAGAAGAUGUGUUAAGUUCUGGUAAUUGUUGGCUUUUCUUGGUUUUAGUUUGAACAUGUCAAUGUAAUCUAUUACCCCUUGGUCUUGUGAAGGGGAUGAUAGUUUAAUAGUAUAUUUAUCAGUCGUUCGAGAAGAUCUCAAUGUGAGAAUUGAAUAACUGCCAGUGGAUCCUCUCUUGUUUUUUUUACCUAGUUCAGGAUCUUGCUGUUGAUGAUCAUGUAAUCAAAAUUUUAAUCUUGUUAAGGUUUAUAUGUAAGAUUUCAUUGCAAAGUUAUUAUUAUCUCUUCAUAUAGUAAUGAGAUUGAAAUUUUCUUAGAA